GCGGGAGGAAGCAGAGUUGGGAGAUAAACCGGGCUGAAGGCGGUCCGGGCGGUUCUGAGCUCGGUCGAACCCACGCAGCGGGCUGGAAUGAGUCACAGCAGCCGACAUUUCCCGCAGCUUCCCCCCUGUGAGCCACCUGGAAGUUCCUAGAGUUGGGUCCAAACUUUCGGCGGAGCUGCUCAGUGUGAACUCAGUGGUUCGUGUAGGCUGGCCUGGUUUGGGUUCCCUCUUGUUCCUGCCGUGUUCCGGUGAAACCAGGUGAGCAGCCGAGGCCGUCCGGGCUUCUCCCCCGGGGGAGCUGCGCAGGGAAGCGGCGCUGGGAUACCUGUGCGCACACGGUGACUCGACUCUCGCUUUGACUCUAGCUGCGGGUUUUUCUAAAGGAAAACCGAACUGGAAACCAUGGACGUACCGGCAGGGGGUAAAACCCGGCGGAGAGUAAACCCCGGGGUAACCCGGAGAGGAAAAACCCUCCUGGAUGUUCUGUACGCAGCUGGAUUCAUCUGCCUCCAAGUUCUGUCCAUUCAGGCCGUUUCAAUCCAGUUCACCAAGCAGCCCAUGUCCCAGGAUGCUUUGCAUGGCCGCAGCGCCAUGAUGCGCUGUGAAGUCAGCGAUCCGACCAACAUCACAUACAGCUGGUAUCAGGGCAACAACCGCUUGACAGACACAGAGCGGCGCUUUCAAGAAGGGGGGAACCUGAAGUUCACGGCGGUGGAUCGGCAGCUGGACGCCGGCAACUUUUCCUGCCAAGUGCAGAACCACGCCACCGGAAUGAUGCAACUUUCCACUAAGGCCUCCUUUAAUAUCAAAUGGUUGGAGAGUGGUGGAGUGACUCUGAAGGAGCCGGCUUCUGAAGGGGAAAUUGAGAACUCGACUCCGGUCACGUUGCGUUGUCACAUCGAUGGACACCCACGGCCGACCUGUCAGUGGUUCAAAGACGGAGUGAAGCUGAUGGAGAGCAGCCAUCAGACCAACAACAAGGACAGGACUCUGACCAUCCAGAGCGCCAGUCUGGAUGACAGCGGCGAUUACUACUGCUGCGCCAAGAACGCAGCCGGCUCCGUCUGCAGCAGCAACUACACACUCACCAUCAUAGAUAAGAGAGUGCCAAAGCCGGUGGUCACCCCUGAGAACCAGGUAGUGCUGAAGAAUGAAGAAGCCAUGUUGCAUUGUCAGUUCACUGCGGAGCCUGAACCCACAUUGGAGUGGUAUCAUGAGAACGAGCUGCUGGUUAACAAGUCUCGCGUGUCCCUGCUGUCCAACGGCAGUCUCCUGAUCACACAAGUCAAACCCAAGUACACAGGAAACUACAAGUGUGUGGGACGUGGUGUCGGAGGAUCUGUGGUUACACAGAUUGCAUCUCUCCAAAUAGCUGACAUCGGAAGCAUGUCACCAAAGAUGUCGAGGGUGUUCACCACCGACACCAUGCAGCGGGUGACCUGUCACCCUCCAACAGGGAGGCCUGACCCCGAAGUGUGGUGGGAGAGGGAAGGUCACAGGGUGCCCACGGAGGGCCGGGUGUACCAGGAAGACCUGGACCUGGUCUUCAACCGGACGGAAGAGGGCGACUCAGGCGCCUUUACCUGUGUGGCCCAAAACAAGGCCGGGCGCAGAACCCAGGAAGUCAUGUUCACCGUCGCAACUCCCCCGGUCUGGGUGUCCAAACCUCUGGAUAGCAGCUUAGAGGAAGGUAAACCAGGUUACCUCCACUGCCACGCUCAGGCCAACCCUCAGCCUGAGGUCUCCUGGUUCCGCAACGGCAUGGAGAUCACACCUGAGGACUCUCGUUUCAAGCUGUUUCCUAACGGCACCCUGAGGAUCAACAACGUGGAGGUGUACGACUCCCAAAUGUUCGGCUGUGAAACCAGAACCGUCGGCGGCCGCCUGUCUGGCCAAGCUCGAGUCACUGUGCUGGAGCGGCUGAAAUUCACACCCAUCCCCCGGUCGUUCCAAUGCCUUGAGCUGGAAGAGGAGAUCACCAUCCAGUGUUCCGCCACGGGCCAAGAGAGCCCCAGAAUCCGCUGGACCAAAGCAGAUGGAGGAGAGCUCCCACCACACGUGGAGCAGAAGAACGGCCAGCUCCGCUUCAACAGGGUCACUCGCAACGACGCCGGCAACUACACCUGCAUCGCCUCCAACAGCCUGCAGGGGGAGAUCAGAGCCCUGGUGACCCUCAUUGUGACCAUGGAUAUUCGCUUUGAGGUGAAGCCAGAGCGUACGUCGGUGUACCAGGGGCACACUGCUGUCCUGCACUGCCAGGCCGCCGGUGAACCCAAACCUCAAGUCCACUGGAUUGUGAAGGACAAGGUUCUGGGUGUCGUCAAUGACAGCAGAAUCCAGGAGAUGCCGAACGGCUCGCUGGUAAUAAGAGACGUCACCACUGACGACUCGGGUCGGUACACAUGCGUGGCUGGGAACAGCUGCAACAUCAAAGACCAAAUGGCUCGGCUCUAUGUAGUGGACAAACCUCCUUACCACGAUAGUGUUGAGGAAGACAAGGCUCCGUAUAAGAUGAUCCAAACCAUCGGGCUUUCUGUGGGGGCAGCCGUGGCCUACAUCAUUGUGGUUCUUGGACUGAUGUUCUACUGCAAGAAGAGACGCAACACCAAGAGACUGCAGAAGGGCCAGGAUGGAGAAGAGCCAGAGAUGGAGUGUCUCAACGGAGGUGCUGUUCAGCAAAAUGGCCACACCAUGGCGGAGAUCCAGGAGGAAGUGACACUCACCAACAUGAGCACAGUCGCUACGACCGAGAAACGCCACAGCCACGCCAGCGAUAAGCUCCAUUUUCCCCGUGCAAACCUCCAAACCAUCACAACACUCGGUAAAGGGGAGUUCGGUGAGGUGCUGCUGUCCAAAGCGAAGGGUAUCGAAGAGAGCGAGGUGGAAGCGGUGGUUCUGGUGAAGUCACUGCAGUCCAGAGACGAGCAGCUGCAGAGCAACUUCCGCCGUGAAGCCGAAAUGUUCGCCAAGCUGAACCACCCCAACGUAGUGCGACUGCUGGGCCUCUGCAGAGAGACGGAGCCGCACUACAUGAUCCUGGAGUACUACGACCUGGGAGAUCUGAAGCAGUUCCUAAAAAUUUCCAAAAGCAAAGAUGACAAGGUGAAGUCUCAGCCAAUCAGCACCAAGACAAAAGUCUCCAUCUGUGCCCAGGUGGCUCGCGGCAUGGAGCAUCUGUCCAAUAACCGCUUUGUUCACAAAGACCUUGCUGCCAGGAACUGUCUGAUCAACAGUCAGAGGCGGAUCAAAGUGUCUUCACUGAGCCUCAGCAAAGACGUCUACAACAGUGAGUAUUACCACUACAGACAGGCGUGGAUCCCUUUGCGCUGGCUGCCAACAGAGUCCGUAUUCGAGGACGAUUACUCCACCAAGUCUGAUGUGUGGGCCUUUGGAGUGCUGAUGUGGGAAGUUUUCAGUCUGGGAGAAAUGCCGCACGACAAACUGAGCGACGACGAGGUUCUGGAAGGUCUGAAGCUGGGAAAACUGAAGCUUCCCGCUCCGGAUGGAUGCCCCUCCAAAAUUUACAAGCUCAUGGUCCGCUGCUGGGCGCCCAGCCUCAAAGAGCGCCCCUCCUUCACCGACAUCGUCAACGCCCUGGGAGAUCAGCCCUCUGACAGCAAAGUCUGAAAGAACCAUCCACAAAUGAAGGAGGGAACCAGAACUUCUUGCCCUUUGUCCCUCUGAAGCACAAAUGCUGGAUUACCUGUCUCACUCAUUUCAGGGAAGAGGUUUGAAGGGAGAACUUUUUUUUUUUUCUAAUUUUUUUAUUUCAGUUGAGGGUGGGAACUAGACUUUUGCUAAAUCAGUGGAAGUGCGAUGAUGGAGAGUUCAGCCUUAGCUGCAGCAUAUGAGUCUCCCCACAGUCCGACUGCAGCAGCUCACGACCUCAGUGCCUCCACCCCACAUCACACACUCAACCUGGCUGUCCACUGCCACCUUGUAGGGAUGAUAGGAACAACGCUUUGCUCUGAUCAGUGGAGAUUUUCCCUGAAACUUGGGGAUCAUCUGUGGAAGGAGAUCUGGCUUCUUCAAUUUAAAAUAUUUCAUAUUUUAAUGGUUACAAACAAGCUAAAAAGGUCUGGAGUUGAUUUCAGAAGAAAAGCGGGAAAAUUUUAAAUAAAAAUUUCCUCUCCCAUCGUCUAAAUGCAACUUUCCUUUAGUCCUCUUUUUCUUCCCUUUCAUGCUUACAUGCAUCCUUCCUUGAGUUCUACAUCUAUUCCUUCAUUUUUGUUCAAUCUGUUUUUUCUUAUGUCCUUCCCUCUUUAUUCGCGUCUAUAAGUUUUGUGUGCCUUUCCUUUUCUCCCCUCCUUUGUUGCUCUUUUCCUUCCUUAUCACUUUUCUCCACAUUUCUUCCUUAUGUCCCUCUUCAUUUCUUGAUUCCAUCCUCCUUAUUGUUCCUCUCUAUCUUCCUUCCUUCAUUCCUUCCUUCCUUGUACUUCCCACCUCCUCUCACUUUUUGUCCUUCCUUCCAGUUUUCAAUUUCCCAGGUUAUCAAAUUAAAUCUUGCCAUACUGUAUAGAUACUGGCCAUUGUUUCAUGCUGAAUAUUUGUUUUCCAUAUUUCAAAAAAGAGCAUAGAGGACUGAGGAAGGUUGAAUCUGGAAAUGUUUUUUUUUCUUCAAUAAAUUACGUGUAGGAACCUUGUCUUCAAUAUUUAAUCUGCUCCUUUAACCUUUCAGUGGACAAGCGCUCACGCCGAACUUUUUUCACUCAGACAUGCGUGGAUUAAAGAAGAGGCCUCACCAGGCUUGCAUGAAGGGUCACGGUCUGUUACGCUUCCAGUUUAAAACAUCAUCUGGCUUCAUUUCAGGAACAAACUGAAACAAACAUUUUUAGCCAAGAAUUUAUAUCGAAAGGACGUGUAUAUGUUGUGGUGUCCACUACGAGGUGCUUUUGUCUCGCCGACGAUGUCAACAGUUGCAGGGAUUCAACCCAUCACCAUGUAUUAAUGUGCAGUGUAACAUCCAUAAAGGUCCAAUCAUAUUUUCUAUCUUUUUAUUUUUCUCAUUUUUUUUUUAUUCAGUCGAACAUCACACCAUGCAAAGUGUACAUAACGUAGGAGCCAUGCACUAACUUCACUUGAGAGGACACCAAGUUUCUUUGUGUAGAAGGAUGCACAGGUACCUGUUUAUUUAUGAUGAAGGUCCUGUUUUCUUUUGUUUUUAACUGUUUAUAAUUGGUACUUUCAUAACAUUUUUAUUCUACUUUUAUGUUCAAAUGGUCCAUCUCAGUGUGCGUCCUAACAGAAUAUGCUAACAGUCAGUACACCAGAGGUCAAAAAUGCUGACUGCAGGUCACCUGGACUCAUUUAAGUGCCUAGAAAAUGAAGGAUUAUCCUAACAGCCUCCCCUUUUUUUACAUUAUCUAAUCAAAUACAACGGCCUUUGUUUAUGAGCUUGUUUUUAUAUGUUUUGUUUUUAUGAAUGCUAGGCACUCAAACCUAGACCUCUUGUUUGUUUUUUUACUCUGCUUGAGCAAAUGUUCACAGUAAUCAGAUAUAUUCAAAAGUAUACAUGCUGCUGUCAAUAAAGGUGCACAGUGUUUUUACUCAA